AGUCGCGCGCUAACUCCUAUUCAUUUUGUACACACAUAAUAAUCCCAAUUCACUUUGUACAGAGAAAAUUCAUUCAUCAUGCAUUGAAUGGAGCUAGUGCGGCUGCAUACACCUUGUGAUACCACCACUGUGAUGCGGUUGUAUUUCUCAUUUUCCGACACGGAUUGACUCCUCAAAAUCUGUUAUUUUGGCUUGUUGUGUAGGAGAGAGACCCCUGCCAGCAGGGGAAAUCAGCCGAGAUUGGGCGGAUCGCAAGUAAGCACGUGAAGGUGCCUCCAACGUCCCGAAAAGCACCCUCGUCGCAGGGCAGUGACAAGGGGUCAGAUUCGGCGACGUCGGUCGUGGAAUUGAGAGAGUCCGAGAAGAAAAAAUCGAAGAAGACGAACAAGAGUCCCUCAGGCACAAUGAACCACUACCCCAGCAACGAACGACCUCAGAGUGAGACGGAGGAGAUGGAUACCCAGGAGGCACCGAAUGACAAUAUCCCUACCAAAGAAGAAACAUCCCCCACCCAACCCCUUGGGGAUGAUGUGGAUACAGGAGGGGGUGGUGGGAGAGAAGAGAACCCUGUUAUUAUGAACGGGGAACUGACCACUGAACCAGGGUCAGAGGAUCAAGACCAAGGAGAAAAGAUGGAAGAAGAUGGUAGCCGUUCAGAGGCCACUUUCUGCCACACAGUAUACAACAUCAGUAAGCUGAAGGAGACUUCACUCAGUCCACCGAUCACUGUCAGGAAUUUGCCAUGGUGA